CAUUGACAUACUUAUACAAUAUGGAUCUAUCAGAUAAAUCAGUGAACAUUGAUUGAAUGUACGUAAUCAUUGUGUCUGGGAACGGGCGAUUACGAUUCCAAAUUACAAGAAUAUCGAAAUCGAUAGUACUUUCAUGAAAGACAAUAAAAUCUUUCUUUAUCUUCUUGCAAAGGGUUAAGUUAGUCAUAGGUUGCCACAACUCGCGGCGCAACCGCCGAGGAUCAUCACACAGUAAUGAAAUAACGACGUAACUGUGCAUGUGACUAUGGCUGAAGAGCAGAUAAACAGUCAUACCUACACCCUUUGCUACUGCGUUACUCCGUUACUGUGUGAUGACUAGGGAGCUGCGGAUCCUUCCAGACCCGAUUAUACAUUUUGUGACUCUGCUGCUCCCAGAUGAGAUAUAUAAAAACAAGAUAUCACUGUACAUUAAGUUUUUUUCAGAUUCGGGUCCAAGUUUUAAACUUUUUUUGGGUUCGGAUUCACAAAAAUGCAGACCUGCAGCUCCCUAGUGAUGAUCACCGGUUUGUGGCAAACACUCAAAUUAAUCGUUAAGAAAUUUAUUUCAGUAAUACUUAAAAAACAAAAGCAUCAUUCCUUCUCAAAAAAACCAACAACAUUAAUUGCAAUAAAAGAAUACAUAUGUAUUAUUAUAUAAUUACUUUUUUAGUCACAUUUGCCAAAAUUAACAAAAGUAGUCAUUAUGAAAAUUUGAUCCUUCGUCGAAAUUAUUCUUGUCGUGAUACAAAGAUUCUUGUGAUUUCUCUUCAUUUCUAAUUUAUUGUUGUACGCCGAUACUAUUGUAGUUGUAUUCAUGAUGUGAAACUGACUAUUCCGAUACGAUUCCAAUUCCAAAACAAGCCGGUGUUACCCAUGUUUAAGCGUGUCAGUGAACGUCAGUAUGAGUUUUUGCUGAAUAGUCGAUCUUUUUAAAUAUUUGAACAGUAUCUUAUAAUGUUCAUGUCAGUGUUUUAUCUAGAUUUUCUCUUCUGGAAGAGUGAUUUAAAAUUUCGGAAGGGCACACAUCUAUUUUUAGGAACAUAAAUGAAAAGCAUCAGGUUUAUAUCUGAUAUCGAAAAAUUAAAUUUUCUAUAGAUAUAUGUGCGUGAAAACUCUUCUAUUAUAUGCUAUUAAAUACAGAAUUCUUGAUUCUACUUGAAACGCUAUCUUAAUCCUUUUUCGCAAAUAUCCCGUUUCUGAAAAAAAAUGAAAAUCGAAUGGUAUAUUUUGGCUGAAAACUUUUGAACUGCUGAAGAAUUAUUCAUGUGUGUUUUUCAACUGAAUGUUUUAAGACAUAUUGUAUUAAGUAGACAGUUUAUUUUAUGAACAGAAAAGUUCGUGAUAGAGAUGUCCAUUGUGGCUGAAAACCUACCGUUGCCGCACCGCGAUGAUUUUUAAAAAACUUGCUGGUAGCGGCAGCGCCGCCAUGAACAUCUCUGGCUCGUGAUAAAUUAAUAGGAUAAUGAAAAAAGAUCUGUUUGACCAUUUUUAAAUAAUAUUCUGAUUAAAAAUAAUUACCAAAAUUAAUAAUUUUAGAGUAAAAAAGAAUAUUUGAAUAAAAUGUAAUGAUUUUAGAAUUUUGUUUGUAUUUGAAUAGGAUGUAAAAUUAACAACAGUUAAUGAUGAUCAAUUAUUUGUCUUUGAAGAUUAUUUAUAUCAAGUUCUUUUAUUAUUUUCUCGUGAUACAUAUAUUCAAUCAUGUUUUGUAAGCAGUGCAAGUGGUUGUGAACCAGCACGUUCAUUUAUUAAAAAGAGAAUAGGUUCUGAAGAAUGUUCAGUUAUAUAUCCUCCAAGUGGAAUUAUUCCAUUUUAUGGUUUUUCAAUGCUUGUUGCACCAAUGUGUUUCGUUUUUGAAGAUCCAGUUCAUUUAUAUUUUAUCUUUCGAGAAUUUUAUAUGAAAUAUUUUUUUAAUUUACAUCAUAUAUCAGCUUCACCAAAUGCAAUUAUUAGUUUAUGUGUUUUAUUUGAAUCUUUAUUACGUCAAAUUUCACCUGAUUUAUGGUUUCAUUUACAGGAUAUUCAAGUUCAACCAUUACGAAUUGCUUUUAAAUGGAUGAUGAGAGCUUUUUCGGGUUAUUUAGCUUCGAAUCAAUUAUUAGCACUUUGGGAUAGAAUUCUUGCUUAUGAUUCGUUGGAAAUUUUAUCUCUUCUUGGUGCUGCAAUAUUCGUAUUACGUAAAGGAAAUGUUUUAGCAGUAACAAGUGAAUCAGCCAUUGAAGCUAUUUUUUCCGAUAUAUCAUCAAUUAAAGUAAUACCAUUACUUCAAUUUAUACUUGGACAUUGA